AUGGAGCAGAACAAAGGGACCGAUCCACAGGUACAAUACGACUGUGUUAUUUGCAAUUGCCCUGACCAUGUGGAAGAUAUGGUGGCAUGCGAUACAUGCCAGUUGUGGUUUCACUACAGCUGUGCCAAGGUGGAUGCAAGUAUUAAAACUCGCCAUUGGCUGUGCGAAUCCUGUGGACCCCUUGACGAUUCCGAACAGUCGGGAAGACCGACCAGAACGAAGAAAAAGGUCGAACAAUUGAAGCGUUUAAUGGUGCCAGCCGGCUCGGAGAAGACAUCUGGCAAAUCUAUAGCAGGAAGCAAAACUAGCUCUAGGAAAAUUAAAAAGAUUGUAGUGGACGAGCGAGCCAGCGUCAGUUCUAGUGUGCGUGCCCGCCUAGAGCUCGAACUGGGAAUCAUAGAAGAACAGCAAAAACUUCAAGAACUUGAAUUGUCAGCGGAAAAGGAAAUGAGGGACCUUGAACGAGCUCAAGAGAAAUUGAUGAAGGACCAGGAAUUAGCUAUUGAGGUGAAAAGGUUGGCUGAAGAAAGAGCGUUUCAGGAACAAAAGUUGGCCGAGGAGCGAGAAUUUCGAAAAAAACAGAUGGAAGUACGGAAGCAGUCAAUAGAGGAUAAAGCAAAAAUUGUUCGCCAGUUGUCCCAAUACGGGAGCAGUAAAGGUAGCAUCGGACCUAGCGAACCAAACUCAGAUGAAAAAGUAGAAGCAUGGUUGCGGUGCACGGUACAGAAGAAUCCUGAAGCAGGACAGAAAUCUAAAACGGUACACCGCAAUGGUUCCCCGAAUCUGGUUGAACAACAUCCCGGAUCACCUUUACUCACCGGGAACCUUCGCUGCCCUACAUUGGAGGAUCGUGCAGCUCCGAAUUCGCCAGACGUCUCUGAGUGCGUACCACUCGAUAGAAUCGAUGGGAAGAUGCAAUCAAACGUUUUCAAUGACUUCACUCCGCUGCCCUUUCCGAACAAGAUCGUGAUGCAAACGACAAAUGAACGCGAGGAAGGUCCAUCAAGCCGUCAGAUCGCCGCGCGCCAGGUGAUGGGAAAGGAUCUUCCUACAUUUUCCGGUGACCCUGAAGAGUGGUCGAUUUGGAUUAGUAAUUUUGAGCGCUCUACUGUAACGUGCGGAUUCUCCCAGGAUGAAAAUCUUAUACGGUUGCAACGAAGCCUUAAAGGGCAAGCUUUGGAAACCGUUCGUAGUCGGCUUCUAUCUCCCGCCGGUGUACCACACGUGAUUAAAACCCUACAGAUGAGAUAUGGUCGUCCAGAAAUACUGAUUCGUACGAUGAUAGAGAAGAUACGUUUAUCGCCGUCACUUGAAAUAAACGAUUUGGAAAGUGUUAUCGAGUUCGGAAAUGCGGUGGACAACUUGGUAGAACAUUUAAAAAAUGCUAAGCAACAUGUACACUUAUCCAACCCUGCACUCCUGCACGAUCUUGUAGCGAAGCUACCCGUUGAUUACCGGUUAAAAUGGUCUGCAUUCAAAGGAUCAACAUCGGAGGCUAAUUUGAAUACUUUUGGUGCCUUCAUGACUGCUUUAGUGGAACUUGCAUAUGAGGUAGCCGAUGACCUUCCAACAGGAGAAGGAAACAAUACACGACCAAAAAAGCAAGCCUUUGUCCAAACUCAUACCGAUGCUGUGAAAUCCGUUUACUGUACGGAAAAUGAUCAAAAUAAUACGUCAGAACGAUCACCGAAGAAAACUUGUAUUGUUUGCAAAUCCGACGGACAUAGGGUCGCUGAUUGUUUUAGAUUUAAAUCAUUAACGCUGGACGAGAGAUUGAAGGUUGUGCAUCAGAGCAUGUUAUGCAGAACGUGCCUUAAUUACCACGGUAGAUGGCCCUGCAAGACAUGGAAAGGCUGUGGAAUUGAAGGCUGUAGACUGCGCCAUCAUACCCUAUUACACCCAGCGGCGGUGAAUACUGCUGUAUCCACGAGUCAUCGCGACCAGCUUGACCGUGAUGGUGGUCCAAUAUUUAGAAUUCUCCCAGUGACACUUUUCGGUAAAACUCAUUCAAUUACCAUUUUUGCGUUCAUCGAUGAAGGAUCUCAGCUAACGUUAUUGGAAGAAGAAGUUGCAAAACACCUUGAAAUUGAUGGUAUACUUGAGCCACUAAAUCUGCAAUGGACUGGUAAUGUUAAGCGGUACGAGUCAGAUUCCCGUCGUGUUACAGUUGAUAUUACUGGGAGCAAUACAUCAAAGCGUUUCAAGUUAUCAGAUGCUCGAACAGUAGGAAGGUUGCUUCUCCCGUCGCAAACAAUGUGCUAUCAUGAGUUAGCGGCAAAAUUUCCGCAUCUUCGAGGACUUCCGUUAAACGAUUACGACAAAGUGGAACCAAAGCUUUUGAUCGGUCUCGACAACCUGAAGCUCACUGUCCCGCUGAAAGUUAGAGAAGGAGGAUGGCAUGAUCCGAUAGCUACAAAAUGUCGCUUGGGUUGGAGUAUAUAUGGUUGCUCUCAAAUCGUAACUGGACGAGUCGUCAGUGGAGUUCACGUUGCGGAGAAAAUCCAACCUGAUAAAGGGCUCAAUGAGCUAGUUCAUGAAUUUUUGACGGUGGACAAUGCCGUAGUUACUUGUCCAUCGCUUAUUAUCGAGUCGGAUGAUGAUAAACGAGCAAGGAUUUUGUUGAAAAGCUUAACUAAAAGGAUCCCAUCAGGCUUCGAGACUGGGCUGCUGUGGAAGGACAAUGAUAUACGUUUUCCCCAUAGCUACGGAAUGGCUUAUCGGCGUCUUCAAUCUUUGGAGAAAAAACUUGGUAAGGACCCUCAACUGUACGACUGCGUUCGUCAACAAAUCAUCGAGUACCAAGAUAAAGGAUAUGCACAUAAAGCUUCGUGUCGUGAGUUGUCCACCACCAGAUCUGAAAACACCUGGUAUCUACCACUAGGAGUGGUGGUAAACCCGAAGAAACCCAACAAGGUUCGUCUGAUUUGGGACGCUGCAGCGAAAGUAGAAGGAGUGUCGUUAAACUCGGCUUUGUUAAAGGGACCGGAUAUGAUAGCUUCACUGCCAGUAGUACUGAGUCAAUUUCGUUUGUACCGUUAUGCUUUGGCAGCUGACAUCAAAGAAAUGUUUCACCGUAUUCGAAUUCGUGAAGCAGAUCGCCAGUUUCAAAGAUUCCUGUGGCGCGAUACGAUUGAAUUUGAACCACAGGUAUUCGUAGUGGACGUUGCAAUAUUUGGGUCAACAUGUUCGCCAUGCUCCGCCCAAUAUAUUAAAAAUUUGAAUGCUGAAGCGUUUUCCCAGCAGUACCCACGAGAGACAGAAGCCAUAAUUCGCUACCACUACGUGGACGACUAUCUAGACAGUUUCGGCACAAUUGAAGAAGCUGUACAGGUGGGAAGCACCGUGAAGAUGAUUCAUGCCAAAGGGGGUUUUGAAAUCCGAAACUUCAUGUCCAAUUCGAAGGAGAUAAUGGAACGAAUAGGAUCGAACUCUGCACAAACGUACCGUCAAUUGACGGUGGAGAAAACUGACAUCACGCAAACGGUGCUAGGGAUGAAGUGGAUUCCUAGUAGUGACGACUUCACAUUUAUCUUUGAAAUGAACAGCUGCUGGGGAAACGUUCUCGAGGACACGUAUACACCGACUAAACGAGAAGUUCUUCGAGUAAUCAUGAGUUUUUUUGAUCCACUGGGAUUGGCUGCAUUUUUUUUAGUGCACGGAAAAAUACUGAUGCAGGAUAUUUGGGCUUCUGGCAUCAGUUGGGAUGACCACAUCAGCGAAAAGCACUUUGGUAGAUGGAGAGAUUGGGUUAAUCUAUUCCCAAAGUUGAACAACCUUCGAAUUCCUAGAUGCUAUUUCCCUGAAGCAAACCAGGAAACGUAUUCUUCCCUGCAAAUCCAUAUCUUUGUGGAUGCCAGUGAAUCGGCAUACGCUAGUGUCGCCUACUUUCGGGUAAUAAGUACAAAUGGACCAUUAGCAUCAUUAGUAGCGGCUAAAUCAAAGGUUGCUCCACUUAAAAUGCAAACAAUUCCAAGACUCGAACUGCAGGCAGCUGUCCUGGGAACUAGGCUGCUGAGCAACAUAUGUUCUAUGCAUUCCCUUCCCAUUACACAGCGUUUCUUAUGGACGGAUUCGAAAACAGUUCUCUCGUGGAUAUAUUCGAACCAACGCAAAUACCCUCCGUACGUGGGCUUUAGAGUAAGUGAAAUUCUGUCUACUACUAAUACAACAGAGUGGCGAUGGCUUCCGAGUAAAUUGAACGUGGCGGACGAUGCGACCAAAUGGGGAACUGGUCCCAAAAUCGACGUAGAAAGCCGCUGGUUUCGUGGUCCUGAUAUUUUACUACAAUCUGAUGCAUUGUGGCCCUCAGUUCCUGAUCUUCCAGUUUCCACAGUUGAAGACUCGCAUGUGUGUCUUUUGCAUCAUUCACCUGGCGCUAAUCUCAUCGACAGCAAUAGGUUCAGCAAAUGGGAACGGCUUCUUCGAACACAAGCAUUUGUAAAUCGGUUUAUUUCCAACACGCGAACGGAGCCACGAGAAAGUGGCGGGUUUACACAACAAGAAUUUGCAAAGGCAGAACGAUGCCUGUGGUUACAGGCGCAAGCCGUUGUUUUCAUCAACGAAGUAGAUAUACUCAACAAAACACGCGGAGUACCGCAGGAUCGUCAUGCCAGUGUUACUAAAUCAAGUUCGAUCUACAAAUCUUGGCCAUUUAUGGACGAACAAGGAGUUAUUCGAAAGCGUGGCCGCAUUAGCUCUGUUAGUUGGAUACCUUAUGAGGCAAAAUACCCUACAAUACUUCCUCGUCAAAACCGUAUAACCUUCCUCCUCGCAGAUUGGUUUCAUCGUCGCUUUAACCAUGCCAACCGCGAAACAAUAGUGAACGAGAUGAGACAGCGUUUUGAAAUACCGAAACUGAGAUCACUGAUUGCGGAGGUGAUUCGAUCGUGUGUAUGGUGCAAAGUCUUUAAGGCCAGACCAACCGUUCCGCCCAUGGCCCCACUGCCGAAGGUUCGUCUAACUCCAUUCAUUCGCCCCUUUACAUUUGUCGGCUUAGACUACUUCGGUCCAGUCCUAGUGAAAUUGGGCCGCAGCAAUGUCAAGCGUUGGAUUGGACUCUUCACAUGUCUCACGAUUCGGGCUGUUCAUAUGGAAGUCAUACAUAGCUUGUCUACGGAGUCUUGUGUUAUGGCUGUUAGACGUUUCGUAUCGCGAAGAGGAGCCCCGGCAGAAAUCUUUAGCGAUAACGGAACAAACUUCCAAGGAGCAAACAAACAACUACGCAAGGAAAUGAAAGAACGCAACACUACUAUGGCAUCGAUUUUCACAAAUGCAAAUACGCGUUGGAACUUCAAUCCUCCCGCUGCGCCUCAUAUGGGUGGGGUUUGGGAACGGAUGGUUCGAUCAGUGAAAGUAGCAAUCAAGGCUUUUCUGGAAUCAUCUCGCAAACCGGAUGAAGAAACCUUGGAAACCGUUGUACUGGAGGCAGAGGCAAUGAUUAAUUCGAGACCACUGACGUACAUUCCACUUGAGUCAGCGGAUCAGGAAUCGUUAACGCCCAAUCACUUUCUGCUAGGCAGUUCCAAUGGGGUGAAACAGCAGCCGGUGCUGCCUAUAAAUGGACGAACAACCUUAAGAAGUAGCUGGAAACUUGCACAACAUCUCGCCGAUGAAUUUUGGAGAAGAUGGAUAAAAGAGUAUAUUCCGGUGAUUUCAAGGCGAUCCAAGUGGUUCGAUGAAAUCAAGGAGAUAGCUGAAGGAGAUUUAGUAUUGGUGGUGGACGGAACAGUGCGGAAUCAGUGGUUGCGAGGAAAAGUGGAGAAAGUCGUUCAGGGUUCGGACGGCCACGUGCGUCAAGCAUGGAUAAAAACAAUGAACGGAACCGUAAGACGACCUGCAGUAAAACUGGCGUUACUCGACGUCUUGGAACCUGGUGAACCUGACAUAGGCAACUACAGUGGUUCACGGGAGGGGGGAUGUGACAGCGAGUACCCCCAGGUCUAA